GACGACGCAAUACCAGAGGUAUGCUACGGUGGUUCACGUUGGUCGAAAGCUAUAUUUUUCAGGAAUAUACAGCCGUAAUAAAAAAACAUAAUAAUUGGCUUGUGUUUGACACACUCCCUCGCGCUGUUUCGUCACUGUGACAGCGCGCGCGGCGGCGGGGGAGCAGACGGCGCCGAGUCGAGCGGAGCUGCAGAUGCUGUCUGAGCGGCAGCUCCGAGCGGACUGACAGCACAGGAAGGAGCCGCUGAGCCAUGGAUUCACCAGAAAGGUGUGCCUGUAAUGCUUUGGGCUGAGGAGGAGAGCCGUUCAGGAGGAGAUGGGCUGCACCUCUGCCAAGCAGGUGUCUUCUGUUCCCAGCGAUGAGGAGGGCCAGAGCAAAUCCCACAGCAACGGGGACCUCGUCUCUGACGAGCACAAGAUGAGAGGCGUGGAGAAGGACAAGCUCAUCAGUGGAGAGGAGGAGAAGAGCGCUCUGCUUGGAGUAGGACAACAUGCCAACGAAUCGGGAUCCAACGGGAAGAUUCUGAGCAUCCAUUCCUCGGAGAGCCAGCAGGAGUUCUUCCGAAUGCUGGACGAGAAGAUUGAGAAGGGUCGGGACUACUGCUCAGAGGAAGAAGACUUGACAUAGCCUCACUGUCCUGGAUCCGAACCGGAUGGAAGACGGGGCGGACUCUGGGGCUCGCAGGCCUUCAUCUUGUUUUAAUAAACUCUGUUUGAGCACGGCGGAGAGGGAUCGGUGUUGAAGCCGGAACGUUUUCUCCCUCCCCUACCCGCAGCCUGAGCUCGGUCGGCUCCGCACACGAUUCCAGCUGAGAUCUGGAAGAGACGACCUCCGUCCGGAACGAAGCCAUCACACCGACCCAGAGUCAGAAACAUGACCUGAAACGUAUCGGACCUCCAUCAGUAUUCAUCCACCCAUGUGGAACUGUGCUAAAGUUCCGUCAUUUUUUCCUGUGACAAGUUUCCCCUCUAUCCCCCCUACAGAGACGCAGUAUGAACCUGUUCUCCCCACAGCGCCCCCGUCUGUCCAGAGGUAUCUACGUCAAACAAGGCUCAGGGUUAAAGUGUUGAAGUGUAGCCGUCCCGCUCCUUCCUCUCACCGAGACACUUUCGCACCACGAAACGUACACAACACAUGCACUGGCGCACCAGAGUUAGUCACGUUUCCUGCUUCAGUUUCUGUUCCGUGUGACGACGAGAUGGACGCUGCCGCAGCGCACGCUGCCGCAGCACACAGACGUCUGUUGCUGUACGUCUGUCACCAGUGUUAAAUCUGUCUCGUUUUGAUUCAUUGUUUUUAUUUUAUUUUUUUUUAGGAAAAUUAAAAGUGUUUACAGGAA